AUGCUACGGUCUACUAUAUCUCUAUUAAUGAAUAGUGUUGCUCAUAAAACAAUGACGAAUUCUAAUUUAGUUGUAAAUGCACCCAAAAUCACCCUGACGAAAGUGGAACAGAAUAUCUGCAACUUGCUUAACGAUUAUACGGACCUGUACAAUGAGAAGCACCAUGAUAAGCCAGAGCCAUUGACUCUUCGGAUCACGGGUGGGUGGGUGCGCGACAAGCUUCUGGGACAAGGCUCCCACGACUUGGACAUCGCCAUCAAUGUGAUGUCAGGUGAGCAAUUCGCUACUGGUUUGAAUGAGUACUUGCAGCAGCAUUACGCUAAAUAUGGGGCCAAGCCUCAUAACAUUCACAAGAUUGACAAAAACCCCGAGAAAUCCAAGCAUCUGGAGACUGCUACUACUAAGCUCUUUGAUGUUGAAGUGGACUUUGUCAAUUUAAGAUCUGAAAAGUAUACUGAACUUUCCAGAAUACCUAAAGUGUGCUUCGGUACACCUGAGGAAGACGCCUUAAGAAGGGACGCCACAUUAAACGCUCUUUUCUAUAACAUUCAUAAAGGCGAAGUGGAAGAUUUCACCAAGAGGGGCCUGCGAGAUUUAAAAGAUGGUGUCCUACGUACUCCGCUUCCCGCAAAACAAACGUUUUUAGACGACCCCUUGAGAGUAUUAAGGUUGAUCCGUUUUGCUUCUAGAUUCAACUUUACCAUAGAUCCGGAAGUGAUGGCUGAAAUGGGCGAUCCUCAGAUCAAUAUUGCAUUCAAUUCAAAAAUUUCUAGAGAGCGAGUUGGUGUAGAGAUGGAGAAAAUUUUAGUGGGACCGACUCCUUUAUUGGCUUUGCAGCUGAUUCAAAAGGCUCACCUGGAUAAUGUUAUCUUUUUUUGGCAUAAUGAUGACUCCGUCGUAAAAUACAAUGAAAAGAACUGUCAAGACAUGGACAGAAUCAAUCAUAUUUACAAUGAUAACAUUUUGAACUCGCACUUAAAAAGUUUCAUUGAACUAUAUCCAAUGUUUUUAGAGAAACUUCCUAUUUUAAGGGAAAAAAUUGGUCAUUCGUCAGGCUUCCAACAAAAUUUUAUACUGAGCGCGAUCUUGUCCCCCAUGGCUAACCUACAAAUUAUCGGAAACCCAAAGAAGAAAGUUAACAACCUGGUUUCGGUGACAGAAAGCAUUGUGAAGGAAGGACUGAAGCUGAGUAAAAAUGACGCAACAGUAAUUGCCAAGACCGUAGAUGCAAUAAGUUCAUACGAGGAAAUACUUGCCAAAUUUGCAGAUCGCUCCCAACUGAAAAGAUCUGAAAUCGGUAUAUUUCUAAGAGGCUUUAAUGGCGAAUGGGAAACAGCACAUUUUGCGUCCCUAUCGGAUGCAUUUUUGAAGAUUCCCAAGUUUGAAACUAAAAAAAUUGACUUGCUUUUCCAGAAUUACAAUGAUUUUUAUUCUUACAUACACGACAAUAAUUUGAAUAAUUGUCAUGAACUAAAACCUAUAGUGGACGGAAAACAAAUGGCAAAACUACUUCAAAUGAAACCUGGUCCAUGGCUAGGUAAAAUCAAUAAAGAGGCAAUUAUAUGGCAGUUUGAUAAUCCCACGGGAACUGAUACAGAACUAAUAACUCAUUUAAAAGCCAUUUUACCAAAAUACUUAUAG